AUGAACGAGCCAACGGACGGGAAAAUCAACGACCGGAAGAGGAAGAAGCCGGAUGGCAACGCGGAGGAGGGGAAGGACCCAGGGAAGUCCAAAAAAAAAGUCGAGUUUGAAAAUGACGAAGAGUAUGAGAAGUACCUCCUGAGCAACUUCAAGAAGGGCCCUGCCCGGGGAGGCAGUGGAGGUAGCGGAGGCGGCCACCAUGAAAGUCGCCACGAAAGUCGCCGCGAAAACCGCCGCGACACACGCCACGAGAGCAGCCCCGCAGAGGAGUACGCCCUCUCGGACAUGAUCAAAAGCUUCUACAACGAAGUGAAGAGGUACAAAACGGUGGACGACAUGGCCAACGAAAUUAAAAGACUGGCAAUACAAAACAUUAGGAAAAAUUUAGAAAUCAUCUGCAAUAAUGAAUGUACCAGCUCCUUCUUUGUGGAGAAGUACCGAGUGAAGUACAUCAACGAGCAGGCAGAACUGAACGUCAAAUCUGCGCAGAAUUAUUUUAAAGAGUUUCUAAUACUUUACAACGGCAACAAUUUUGAUGACUUCAGUUUGGAGGUGAAUACCAGCGUGGAGAAGGAGGGGAAGGCAAAAGGGGAGAAGGGUGAAGAAGCGGUUAAUCAGCAGGGCGACGAAGCGGUUAAUCAGCAGGGCGACGAAGCGGUUAAUCAGCAGGGCGACGAAGCGGUUAAUCAGCUGGGUGACGAAGAGGCCAAUCAGCAGGGAGACGAAGCGGCCAACCAGCCGGGAGACGACGACCCCCCCGAUGAGACCACUCACAAUGGGGAGGGGGUCCAAAGUAAAAACCACAUCAGUGGAAAGGAUGGCCAGGCAAAUGCCGAUAUGUACAAAACAGACACGUGGAAAGAAAAAAUGAAAUGCAAAAUAGAAAACGCAAGUGAAAAUACCAACGUUUUAAUAAAAAUUGUAAAUUACUUAGCCAGCACGUCGCUACACAUCGACCACAUCCCAGUUAACAUAAAAAAAUUUGACGUUGUGAAAAAGCUAAACGAAUUGAAUUACGACGUGUUGAAUGCGAACAUAUGGGAUACGUACAGCACCAAAGAAAGUAGGCCCUUCUCCUUGUCUAUCUCCACAGUUCCUUCUUUUUAUAGAAAGGCAAAUAUUUACUUUAGGAAGCAUAACAAAACGGCUGAUCUGUUGAGUGCCCUCCGGGAAAAGCCACGUAGCGUUGACAUCAACGGGUGGUUCUUAAACAAUGUGAAGAGGAAUAAUUACAACUACGUGGAUUUGCGGAUUUGCCCCCCUAUUUGCUCACACGCAGAGGUAAUUAAAGCCGAUUAUGAGCGGGCCAAACUGUUGGUUAGGAAGCUGGAUGCCUCUUGCCACAUCGACGCGGACCUCCUGGCGCGCAUACGGGAGGAGGCCUGCAUCGAGAUCCGGCAGAAGAGGAGGAAGUUGGGGGAAGGAGAAGCGGUAGAAGCGGUGGAAGCGGUGGAAGCAGCGGGAGCGGCUGCACCAAGCAAUAAUAGUGAGAACAAUGCUAGUGGCGAUCGUGGCGACCAGCUGGGAGACAGCCCCAUCGUGGAAAUCGUCGAGGAGAACCAAAACCUCAGCGUGAGGAAGAAGCUCGACAUCCUAAUUGUGUACCUCCGAUUUGUGCACAACUUCUGUUACUACUCGGCCAGGAAAUUCAACACGUACGACGAAAUGGUGAGGGAGUGUGGCUACUUCUUUCUGCGCGUGAAUAUGCAGAACAAUUUUUACAACAACUUGCUCCCCAUUUUUUACGAAAAUUUUAACGUAAGCAAGUUGGAGCAGUACGGGCAGCAUGAGCAGCCUGAGCAGCAUGCGAAGGGCGGCUCCGAAGGGGGUGAUGGUGAAAGCGGCGAAAGUGGCGAAAGCGGCGAACUGGGCAACGGUGCGGAGGGCCCCCUUGCAGGGGAAAACCAACCCCCGAGCUGCCCCCUUCUCCGCCUAAAGAAGAAAUACUUUAACGAUGUGGCCGACCCGUCGGAGUACCAACUCAAAUGGCUCCUCCACUUCGAGGCAGAAAUUAAAGACGCCAUAAACGCAAACUACAAUGAACAGAUAGAAAUCGAAAAGACAAAAGAAUUUCUGGAGAUUCUCAAAAAUAAUUACAUUUUAAAACCAAGUGAUAGUAAUCCCCGGGGUGAGGGGAAGAGCGAAAUACGUUGUGCCAAGUGCAAGAAGCUUUUCAACCACAUUAAGGACGUCCCCAACCACAUAUUCAUUAAACAUAGCCAAAUUAAAUUGAAGCUCAUCACAGAAACGGAAGCAGAGAUAAUGAAAAAAUGUUUUUACGAAGCCCCCCAUAGUUUCCACUUCCUCUUUAUGAUGGAAAAGAAAUAUAAUUCUGGCCAUUCCAAGAGCCAUAUAAGUAAAAAUAUUUUUAAGAAGCCAAAAAGUUUUAAAAACCAAAAUUUCCACCUCCUUCCCAACAGUGCCAAGAGUGACUACAAAGAUUUUGAUGACCCCAGCUCGAGUGUCUUCGAGAAUGUAAAGCAGACUGCUCCCAAGAAGAGCGAUUUUUACGACGACACUUAG